ACGCCCUUCCUCAUCCUCCCCACCGUGACAGAGCAGCGUGUGUGUGGAGUCUGUGUUUGUUUAGUGUUCCAGCUCAGGUCGCAGGUGCCACGUUCCCCCUUCAAACACACAAACAUACACAAACAAACACUAAACACACACACACACACACUCCACGGGCGCGUGGCGGACACAGCAGGGGCUGAGAAGUGGAAGAAAAAGGAAAAGAAGAAAAAGAAGAAGAAGAGAGGAUUUCGCCAGCGGUCGAAAAGGAGGAAGUGUUUGCGCGGAGCCGCGGUUCUGGGAGGUUUACUGUGCGGGGAACUCGUGCGACAUGUUCAGUUGGGUGAAACAGGAGCAGGGCGGACGGAACAAGGAGGGAGAGAUGUACCAAACGGUGACCGAAGGGCUGCAGAGCCUGUACUCCAAGAAGCUUCUGCCGCUGGAGGAGACAUACCUCUUCCAUGACUUCCACUCUCCUGCCCUGGAGCCGGCGGACUUCCAGAGCAAACCCAUGGUGCUCCUGGUGGGGCAGUACUCCACCGGGAAGACCACCUUCAUCAGGUAUCUCCUGGAGCAGGACUUCCCUGGGAUGCGGAUCGGACCGGAGCCCACCACAGACGGCUUCAUCGCGGUGAUGCACGGGGAGACGGAGGGCGUCAUCCCCGGCAACGCGCUGGUGGUGGAUCCCAACAAGCCCUUCAGGAAGCUCAACGCCUUCGGGAACGCCUUCCUCAACCGGUUAAUCUGCUCCCAGAUGCCCAACCAGGUCCUCCAGAGCAUCAGCAUCAUCGACACGCCCGGCAUCCUGUCAGGGGAGAAGCAACGCCUCAGCAGAGGCUACGACUUCUCUGAGGUGCUGCGGUGGUUCGGGGAGCGCGUGGACCGGAUCAUCCUGCUGUUCGACGCCCACAAGCUGGACAUCUCGGACGAGUUCUCCGAGGCCAUCAAGGCCUUCAGGGGGCAGGACGACAAGAUCAGGGUGGUCCUGAACAAGGCCGACCAGGUGGACACCCAGCAGCUGAUGCGUGUGUACGGCGCCCUCAUGUGGUCCCUGGGGAAGGUGAUCAACACCCCCGAGGUGGCCCGCGUCUACCUGGGCUCCUUCUGGGCCAAGCCCCUCCAGAACUCAGAGAACAGGCGUCUGUUCGAGGCGGAGACCCAGGACCUGUUCCGGGACAUCCAGGGUCUGCCGCGGAACGCUGCCCUGCGCAAACUCAAUGACCUCAUCAAGAGGGCGCGGCUCGCCAAGGUACACGCCUACAUCAUCAGCCACCUGAAGAAGGAGAUGCCCUCUCUGUUUGGGCGGGAGAAGAAGAAGGAGGAGCUUAUCAUGCGCCUGCCAGAGAUCUACACCAUCCUGCAGCGAGAGCACCACAUCAGCCCUGGAGACUUCCCCAACGUCACCAAGAUGCAGGACCAGCUGCAGCACUACGACUUCAGCAAGUUCCCGUCCCUGAAGAUGAAGCUGAUCGAGAACGUGGACAAGAUGCUCGCCCACAAGAUCGCCGGGCUGAUGGCCAUGAUCCGGGAGGAGGAGUCUCUGGCCCCGCCCCCCAUGGUGAUGGGCGGAUGCUUCGAGGGCUCCCAGGACGGGCCCUUCGGCCACGGCUACGGCGAGGGCGUGAGCGCCGGGGAGGACGGCGAGGAGUGGAUCGUGAACCGGGACAAGCACCGCUACGACGAGAUCUUCUACACGCUCAAUCCCAUCAACGGCAAGAUCUCCGGGGUGAACGCCAAGAAGGAGAUGAUGAGCUCGCGGCUGCCCAACACCGUGCUGGGAAAGAUCUGGAAGCUGGCGGACUGCGAUCACGACGGCAUGCUGGACGACCAGGAGUUCGCGCUGGCGCAGCACCUCAUCAAGGUGAAGCUGGAGGGCUACGAGAUCCCCUCGGAGCUGCCGGCCCACCUCAUCCCCCCCGGACACCGCAAGGACCCCACCGCCGACACCCUCUACCCCCGCGUCGAGGACUAGCGUCGAGGACGCUGAGCUACACUAGCAUGCUAUGCUAGGAUAGCACGCUACACUAGCACCCUAAUCUAGCACGCUACACUAGCAUGCUAAUCUAGCAAUCUACACUAGCAUGCUAAGCUAGAAAGCUAGGAUAGCAAGCUAGGAUAGCACGCUGUGAUCGCAUGCUAGUAUAGCAAGCUAGGCUAGCACGCUGUGAUAGCAUGCUAGCUAUGCCUCCUGGCCCCGAAACUAAAUGACUCUGAACAAUGAAAAUAAAGUCAAAUGUAAACAUUUAUCACAGCUGAACCCAACUCUCCCUUCCCCCAUGUUAGCCCCAUGUUAGCCCCAUGUUAGCCCCAUGUUAGCCACUCCACUAGAUCAAAGCUAAUGUGAAAAAGACUUAUGAUGAUUCCUUUGUGAUUUCAGAAGAUAAAUUAUACAAUUAUAAAUCUUCCAAUGCAUACGUACAGAAUUAUUCCACCCCCCUUACCAAAGGAGUAGAACACAACAGUAUGCAACUUCACAGUAAGAUAAUACAACCAAGGUGUUAUUUAAUCGCUUCCAUCCUGACCAUUGGAGGUGUCUGCAGGUUUUGUGGGUGAACGAAUUUGUGACUGGAUAAAUGCAUUUAAUGCGUUGAAUGUUAUUCCAUAUAAUUAAUUGUAAUCUAUUUUUCAAAAUAUGAAUGUAUUUUAGGUAAGGUAGAAGAAAACUGUUAAAAAAAUUAGUAAAUACAAAAAUACGUUGUACCAGCUUCUCAAUAUGUAAAUGUGUAAAAGGUUGUCCUCAUAGCGUCACCAUUCAACCCACUGGAACAGUACUAGGCUUCGUGAUCCCCGCAGCCAGAAGGGAAGAUGGAGGCAGCUCAGAGGUCGUGGGGACAGACGGUGAUGACGGCUGAAGCGUUUCUCCUCUGGGACCAGAGGGCCGCUGCCGGCCGCCGCCCGGCUUCCUCUCAUUGUAGCGCUGACCCACGACCUGGACCUGGGUCGGACUUUCCACACGACCUAGAUCCCCUGUCUCUCUCAAGACUGACAUUUGAACAGCUCCUCCUCCCUCUCCUCCUCCCUCUUUCACCUUCUCCUCCUCCUCCCUCUCCUCCUCCCUCUUUCACCUUCUCCUCCUCCUCUUUCUCCUCCCCCUCCUCCCUCUCCUCCUCCUCUUUCUCCUCCCCCUCCUCCCUCUCCUCCUCCUCUUUCUCCUCCCCCUCCUCCCUCUCCUCCUCCCUCUUUCACCUUCUCCUCCUCCCUCUCCUCCUCCCUCUUUCACCUUCUCCUCCUCCUCUUUCUCCUCCCCCUUCUCUUUCACCUCCUCCAACUCCUCCUCACCACCUUUCGGACACGACUGUCAACAGUUGCCUCAAUUCACUCCUCCCUUUUUCCUUCCCAGUCCUGGAAACCAUCCCAAAGCUUUGGCUGUGUCACGUGACCUGCAGGCUGUCACGUGACCUGCAGGCUGUCACGUGACCAGUGGCCGGUGCGUUCCUAUGACGGAGCUCACGGGCUCUGGAGGAUUGAGCAGCCAUUUUUUGAGUGAACAAGCAGUGCCUUCAGUCUGAUGAAGAUACCCGUCAUCAUCGUCAUCCUCAUCAUCACUACUUAUGCCUUCUGUACGACGAUACUUGGGUUUCAGGGAGAAAUAUAUUUUCAUGAGGUUGAUGUAUAUUAUUAUUUUUAUGUAAUUAUUGGAAAGGGAAGUGUUGUUGCCAUCUUGUUCUAGAAGCUUCUCACGAAGAUCUCCAAUCGAUCACCAAUUCAGUCCAAUUCAUCAACAAUCACAGCUUCCCUUGGCUGAAUGCGUUGUGAUUUGGGUUUAAUGAGUGUGAAUGUUACAGCUGCGUUCUCGUUGUAGAGAGGACUCCUGUACUGCUCGCGUGUCUGUCUUUAACGGGAAAACAAUAAACCCUGUUACUCAUUUUAAGAGCUGUUACGUAUUAUUCAGGGAUCUUUCCUCCUCACCCUCUCUUAAGACAAAACUUUAUGAUGUCUUUAACGGCUCACCUUAUUAAGGUAACGUUUUUAACUAAACCCUUGAAACUUUUAGAACGUUUUUAGCUAAACUUUUAAGGUGAUCCUGUAGAGUGUUUUUAACUUAAUGUUUAGGGUGAACCUGUAGAAUGUUUUUAACUUAACGUUUAGGGUGAACCUGUAGAAUGUUUUUAACUUAACGUUUAGGGUGAACCUGUAUGUUUUUAACUUGACGUUUAGGGUGAACCUGUAUAAUGUUUUUAACUUAACGUUUAGGGUGACCUGUAGAAUGUUUUUAACUUAACGUUAGGUUGAAUCUGUGUAAUGAUUUUAACUUAACGUAUGGGUAAACCUGUAGAAUGUUUUUAACUUAACGUUUAGGGUGAACCUGUAGAAUGUUUU